AUGCUCCCUGAAUCAACACCUGCCCGCCCGGACUCCAUCAUCCUCUCACACGAGGUAGCACCCCAAGCACCAAAACCAUGCGGACGGAGUCGUUCAUCAAAAGCUUUCCUACUCCUUCCUUUCCCUACCCCGCAUUCAACAACUGUCCCACCCGUUCCACAGCUCCUAGUCUCUGCCUAUGAAUUGCGGCCAUCAUUGUGUGACAUGCCUGAACAAGCACAACCGCCAUUACGAAUGUAUACUCUACAGAGGCAUACCAUAGGCGAUCAUGACGUGAAACAGCGUUUCCGUUCACAUUGUGCUUAUAUAGAUCCUGUCGAACGUUUUCGGAAACAGUUAGAAUCAGAAGUCGAAGUAGGGGGUUUCACAAGGGAUCUAGAAAGGAAAUUCCUGUCAUGCAACCCCCAAGUGCAGUCCUCGCAAUUUACGUCAAUCCAGCAAAACCAGGGACAUUUCUGGGCACUAUCUUCAAUGGACGUCGCAGAGAUUGAUGAUGUUAAAGUAGCAGUGACGGCAAGGACAAUUGCAAAGGAGAAACGCAUCACACGUAUUUCCAGCGGCUCGCCAAUGAUUGAUCCACCCCCAACCUUCCUUCGCAUCAGCCCGAGAUGUCCACCCGAUCUCACCUGCAGUACCCGAAACGAGAUCUUAUCUGAAGAAAGCACCGCGAACCCACCUUUCUCCCUCUCACGCCAGGACCUGAAACCCACCGAUUUCGCAGUCGACGGAGCUGUUCCACGGUAUUCUGACUCGCUGCUGGGUGUUUGUGUCGAAAUCGAAGUUGAAGCUGGGAUUAGGAUCAGGAUCGGUGGCGCCUCUUCCGCUUCCGAUCAUAUCUACACCCUCUUGUUCUUGCGCAUCACCAACAUCCAGACCCAAACGCGCGUGCAGAGUCCGUACAACAUGCCCCUAACACGAAUGGUGUUCCCCAACGCCUCCCCACCCAGUGUACCCACACCCAAAUACAUCCGCCGCCAGGACUCGCGCUUGUCGAUUCUUUUGAGUGGCUGGAAAGUGGGAGUCGCCUGGGGGUCGAGGGAGCCGAUUCCUGUUGAUAUGUUUCCGAGGCCUUGA